AUGGCGGACAAGAGGGAUAGAUUUGCUGCGAAUAUCGCCAUGCAAGAUCAGGGAAAAGCUUAUAGUAGAGAAGGAUACCAUGAUAAUUCUAGUGAAAAACAACAUCAGACGUGCAUAGAAAGGGUCGAACAUGCUUGUAAGAAUUCUGCUUAUGUGAGGUUUAUGAUGAAUGCUAUGAAUAGACUUGGAUGUUCUAUUAAUCCUGCAAAGCACAUAAUAUGUGAACCUUGYGAUGGAAGACUACUUGGAGGAUUUGAUCCUGACAGAAAAGAGAAAUGUGUCAAGCAAAGAGCAGUGAACUCUAUCCUGUCUGUAAGAGAUGUUACUAGAAAAGAAGCUGAGUCAGUUGUAGACAGUGUAUUUGAUGCUUGUUUUAAUGAUACAGAUCCAUUUGAAAGAAUACCACCAUGAUGUUACAUAAUAAAUAGAGUUAUUUGUAUAUAUUCAUGUAUGUACAAAAUAUGAAUGAUAAACAAAAUAUUUUAUUCUUUUGUGAGUGAUGCACUUGAUCAAGUGUAAGAUCAAAUGACCACACGAGAUGAGGCUGGGAAUUUAUUUUCCCACCAUGUUGUUUACAGAAUUACAGUUAAAUCUCGCCUAUA